UCAUACACAUCAUGAAAUCCAUUCUCUCAAAUGGCUUCCCCAAAUAUUAUUACACUUAUCUUCUUCUUGCUAAUUCUUUGUGUUAUAAACAAUACACCAUGCGAAGCACAGUUAUCUUCUACAUUCUAUGACGCUUCAUGUCCCAAUGCACUACGUACAAUCAGGACAUCCAUCCGAACAGCCAUAUCUCGUGAGCGUCGCAUGGCAGCUUCCAUCGUUCGUCUCCACUUCCACGACUGCUUUGUUCAGGGUUGUGACGCGUCUAUCUUGCUAGAUGACGGUCCUUCAAUCAUAAGUGAAAAGAAUGCAUUGCCUAAUAAGGGUUCAGUAAGAGGUUAUGAAGUGAUAGAGGCAGCAAAAUCUGAGGUUGAAAAACUCUGUCCUGGAGUUGUAUCAUGUGCGGAUGUACUAACCGUUGCUGCCUGUGAUGCCUCAGAAAUGGUUGGUGGUCCAUCAUGGUCUGUGAAGCUCCGAAGAAGAGACUCAACCACGGCUAGCCUUCUUCUAGCAGAAUCCGGUGCUCUUCCUAGUUUCAAAGCAUCGCUAGACUCACUUAUAUCCACCUUUGGUGAUAACGGGCUUAGUGCCAGGGACAUGGUUGCAUUAUCAGGAGCUCAUACUAUUGGACAAGCGCAAUGCUUCUUAUUCCGUGAUAGGAUAUACAACAACGGAUCAGACAUUGAUGCAGGAUUCGCUAGCACCCGUAGACGUCGUUGCCCUAUCAACGACGGCAACGGAAAUCUUGCACCACUCGAUUUAGUGACUCCUAAUUCGUUUGAUUAUAAUUACUUCAAGAACUUGAUACAAAAGAAGGGUCUUCUUGAGUCUGAUCCAGUGUUGUUUAGCGGUGGAUCAACAGACAGCAUUGUUAGGGAAUAUAGCAAUAAUCCUUCAAAGUUCAAGUCGGAUUUUACAGCUGCAAUGGUGAAGGUGAGUGAAAUCAGGCCUUUAACAGGUCAAGAAGGAGUCAUACGAAGAAUUUGUGGUGCUCUUCCCUAGUUAUUUUGAAUGUCAUCUAAAUCUUUUUUCGAUUACUUGGAAAUUACACUGUUUGUAAUCAUAUCUUGAUUCCUUUAUUUAUUUUUUUAUUUUCAACUGUAAAGAAAAAGACCUUCAAUAGUCCAUUACACUUUUUGUAUUGUUUGCAUCGUGUUAAAGAGAAAUUUGUUGUUCAAUGAAUAAGAAGUGUGGGUUUCAUUCUC